AGACAUCUUUCUUGACUCUUUCCUGCUUUCAUCUAUCUAACUUAUUCCCGCCGACGCGACGCUCGUCUCCUUUGAACACUCGCAAAUCGUUUGCUAUCCAACCCACGUCUGUGCCUCGAUCCGUAUCGGUACCGAAGCACAAACGUCAUCCGGACGAAGCGGUCAACAGAAGGAGUCCUUUUGUCUCCUUCGCGAUCGCAGAGUCUUCCCUAACUGCGCAUGAGCUUGCUCCAUGUCUACUUCAACCUACGCAGACAGCAGGCCUUCCAGCGUUUGCUGGAAGGGCCUGCUAACAAGGCCAACAAGUCCUCCGGAGCCCCCGGUACGAGCGCCGGCAAGUCUAAAUCGUGGACGAAGAAGAACACACUAAACCUCGUUCCGGUUGACGUCAAUUGCAAAGAUCAACAAGGGCGCACCGUGUUGCAUCUGGCGUGCUCAGCUGUGGAGCCGUCCAGUAUAGAGUACAUUCGACUCUUGCUCGCUCAGCCGGGUAUCAACAUCAACAUCAUGGACUCGGAAAAUCACUGGACACCGCUCCAUAGGGCACUAUAUGGGGGACACAUUGCUGCUGCGAUCAUUCUCUUGAAGCGCCCAGACAUCGACGUCUCCAUCAAGGAUUACGAAGGGUACACGGCAGCUGACCUAUACAACUCGACACUUCGCAUCACAAACCCUGAUGGAAUGAACGAGGAGCUAUCAGAGCUAUUGACUUGGGGGACAAAUAGGAACGCUACACUUGGAGUUGGAGACGGAAGUGAUCGAACGUACCCAGAGCAAGUUACUAUCCCAUAUCGAGAGAACGAGACGCAGCGCCAGAAUAUGCAAGUCGAGCGACGUUUCUCCCCAAUCCAUGUGCGAGAGAUCUCUAUGUCACGGUUGCAUACCGUGGUGGUAACUUCGGAGGCUCGCGAUAACGUUCGCCUGUGCGGUUUUGGGAGUGGUGGCCGCCUCGGCUCGAGCCAGCACACCCAAUACGGUUUGAUGGCUCUCCCAGAGUUUUCUCACACCAUCGUCUCCGUCGCCCUUGGGCAGGAUCACACCCUUGCUCUCACUAGCACUGGCGAGGUUCUUAGCUGGGGACUGAACCGCUUCGCGCAACUUGGCUACGUAGUCGAGAGUGCCACUGGAGUAGGGAGACUAGAUGAACCGGUUCAAGCCUCGCCGCGAAAGAUAGUAGGGCCGUUGCGCAGGGAAGUCGUCGUUGGCGUUGCGGCUUGCAAAACGGGAUCCGCAUGUUGGACCUCGACUGAACUUUUUACAUGGGGGACUAAUGGAGGGCAACUCGGGUACGCCAAGAAUGCGGCACCUGUGCAGAUAUUGCCGCGAAAAGUGACACUUAUCGUCCAGCCUGUAACAGCAGUGUCGAUGACGGACACUGUUACGGCCUGCCUGCUAGAGACCGGAGAGGUGCAUUGCAUCUAUAACGAUGCGAUCACCAAGAUAAGUAUUCCGACCCAAUCGUUCCCCUCGGAGAUCUCUGUAUAUCGGCCUCCGCAUACCGUCAAGGGACCGAGGGUCGUCAAACUUACUAGCUCUGAAGACACAUUCGCAGCCUUGUCCUCGAAUAGGGAAGUGUUCAUCUUCUCGUCGGUGCCCACCGCGGAUGCGGGACCUUCCUCGGGGAAGGCCAUGAGUGCGUUCAAGCCGCAGCGCGUUUGGGCACUGAGGAGACAGUUCAGUGCCGUCAAGGACGUUGGUUUGGGCGCCGAUGGUUCCAUCAUCGUUUGCACACAAUCGGGCCACGUCUUUGUACGUACCCGCAAUACCAAGGCGGGACAAGGCGGAAAAGCGUUCAAGUUCCAUCGCGUCCCGUAUGCACAACGGGUGGUGGCUGUAUGCGCGAAUAGCACCGGCGCUUUUGGUGCCGUCCGAGUCGAUUGUGCGCCUGAGCCUAUCCGCGUCACGGGUCGGACGCUCGUACAAGAUAUCGCAGCCAUACAACCCUACUUAUCGUACGCUACCAAGGAUGACCAGAUCGCGGAGACCCCGAGCGGCCAGGUCGACCUCACGAUGCAACCAACAUUCGAUUUCGACGAAGAGGCGGAUGACGCUACUAUCUUGGACGACAUCGCGGAAUUCGCUCGCGUCCUUGAACUACUCGGUCGCUUGCGCAAGUCGUCUCCGUACGAUAUGGGAAAUCUACCCCAUGGUGCCGACGUACUUAUACAGGUUGGCGAGAAGGCGGAGAUCCCCGCUCACAAGAUCAUUCUGAGCGCGCGCUCGUCACCCUUGCGGGCGUUAUUCUCCGGUGGAGGCGCUAUCCAAGAUGCGACCACCAAGGUUACCAUCAGGCUUUCCGCUUCUUCCAACUGGCCGCGUGUACAGAUUCGAGGAUCGAACACCAUCUCUGUCCUCUUAUUACUCCACCAUAUCUACUCUGACAGACUCCUCGCCAUUUGGGACCGGCGUGUCAGCGUACCUUUCGAUGCUCAGCUGAAGAUGCUCAACGUCGUACCUUCGCAGGUGCGGCUAGAGCUACAGAUCCUCGCGCGCCUUCUGCAUCUUCCCAACUUGUCUGCGGCGCUCGAAUCUCCUGGAAAACGUCUCCCUGUCCCGUGUGCUCCCCAGCAGCUUCAGGAGUUGUAUGAGCACGCUCAGUCCGCCGGACCCAAGAUGACGGCAAAGACGGUUCGAGGCGAUCCGAUGGCUCCGGAUGUGGAGAUCCGGUUUAAGAACCAUACGGUGUAUUCGCACUCGGCCGUCCUUCGCUCGCGUUCUGGGUUCUUCAAUGGUCUCUUCGACGACAAGGAGUGGACAGUCAAAAGGUGGGACAGUCGAGGUGCUAUCACACUUGAUCUAUCGCAUAUGGACUGGCAUAUUAUGGAGUUUGUUAUGCUCUAUCUGUGCUGCGGCAUAGAAGAGGAGUUGUUUGCCAAUCUUGACUUUGCCCAGAGCAUCGACGACGUGAUCGAGUUCAUGUUCGAUGUCAUCGCGGCUGCUAACGAGCUGUUACUUGACCGUCUGAUGCUGAUCUGCUCGCAAGUAAUUCUGAAACACCUCAACCCGAUGAACGCCUGCUACAUCCUCACAGACGCCCACCACUUCAAUGCCGUCGGGCUCAUGUACAGUGUGCACGGGUACAUCGCCGCGAACCUCGAGAUGUUCCUCGAGGGCCGCAUGCUCGACGACGUCGCGCACGGCCCACUGCGCGGGCUCACCGAGUUCAUACGUAAGGAGCAGCUCGACAAGUCGCCUGUGUCCCGGUCCGAGAUUCUUGGGCGGGAGGCGAUGGAGAAGCACAAGGAGUGGGUCGAGAUGCAGGACUGGCCGGCGCCGGUUGAGGAGUAUAGGCCGGUUGCGAUCCACAGGAGCCCGAGGAUGAGUCGUGUUUCGUCGAUUACGAACACGAACACGAGCGCGGCGGUGGCGAGUGCGGUUGGUGGGUCCCCGGUUGCGCAGGGUUUGGGCGCGCCCGGGGUGGGUGUGCCUGGCCCGGCGGAGGAGGACGAGCUGUUUGCGAUGGAUGCGGACGUGCCUCCUGCGCUGAACUUGGACGAGGGUGGGCUGGCGCCGCCUGCGGGGGAGGAGGGGAGGCAGAAGGGCGUUUCGCCGAAGACGUCGUUGGUGUGGAAGAGGACGUCUUCUGCGCCUCGCACGGACCUGAAGUCGAUCAUGGCGGAGGCGGAGAGCUCCAAGAAAUCACGGCCUGUUCCUUCGCCAGGCACGAGCUUGGGCUUGGGGAAACCGUCACCUUCGUCGCCGUCGCCACUCUCUCGCAUGGAGGAUCGGUCGAGAGGAAGCUUGGACAGGAUGUCAAGCGGGCUUGGUGUAGAGAGCUCGCGGUCGUCUGGGGGCCCUUGGAGAACGACCGGAACACCUGCGACGCCCUCCUCGUUCCUCGCUCAGCAGCAGCAAGAUCUCGCGCAGCGACAGCAAAGGACGCCGUCGUCUAGCGGUGUGGUGCCUCAAGCUGGGGGCACUGCGCCGAGGUUGCUUUCUCAGCCUCAGACGCCAACCAAGACUCCCGGCGUGGGCAGUAUGGGACCGCAGCCGAGAUCGUCGCCUGGUCCGAAGCCGCAGGCCGCAACACCUGGGCUUGGGCCUGUGAUUACGCCGAUGAGGCAGGCACCUGCUAGUCCAUCGACGUCGAGACGCGUUUCAAACAACAACAGCGCGUGGACAGUACCCUCCGUGCAACCCAUCGUGCAGCCCUCUCUUCCACCGACCACCCCCGCAUCGGCUUCAGCUUCGGGAUCGGGAUCGGGUUCUGGACCGACUCCGAGCGGAAAACCGGCCAGGUCGUCGUUUGCGGCGAUUCAGCAGGCGCAGCUCGAGCAGGGCAGCGCGGCGAGCGCGAAGGACCGGCGCAGUCUGCGCGAGAUCCAAGAGGAGGAGCAGGUGCGUCAGCGAGAGGAGCAGGAGCGCAGGCAGGAGGAGGAGUUUCUGAGGUGGUGGGCGGAGGAGGAGGUGAGGGUGCAGGGGGAGGAGGGGGGUGGGGGUUCUGUUAGAGGUGGUGCUGGAGGGCGGAAAGGGGGGAAGGGGAGGGAGAGGCCGAAGGGGGGGAAGAAGGGUGGACCUGGUUCUGGAGCUUCGGGAUUGGGGGCUGCCGCUGGGGAGGGCGUUGCUGGGGAAGGUUCAGGGAGAGAGAAGAAAGGUGGAGGCAGGGAGAGUGAUGGCCGGAGGGAGAAGGACCCAGACAGGUCUCGGGGCAAGCCUCGGGGUGGUAAAAACAAGGGUGGUCAAGCAGCCAGUGCUGGUGGCGCUAACACCAACACCGGUGGAGGACCUGUCCCGUCUUCGAACUUGGGGUAAAGCGGGAGUGGAGGUGCACCGCCGGCGCAGCCGGCACAGUCAUAGCGAGGAGCAAAGGCUCCUAUCAGGAGCAAAAAACAAUGAUUCCCAGAUGCUAUAUGUCAACCUAAUAUACUUUUACUUAUAGGCUCGCAUAUGCUAGACCGUUAUCUUAGUUCUGCAGAGCUCAUAGACAUAUAGCGCUAGCUAGCUGACGAACUCAUUGCGAGCAGGGC